GCCGUUCCUCUAGAAGUGUACGAGGCUGAGUCGCGAAGACUGAGCAAUCUUGAAGCCAACGAACUGAAGCUGACACAACGUGUCGAACAACUUAAGGAGGUUGCAUUCAUUGCGGCCAACCAGCUUCAGGCGAUGGAGGCUGAGCAGUCGGCACGGGACACCGAAGUGGCAGGUCUCCGCCAACAGUUGAUAGAAAUGGAGGCGAGCAGCGAUGAUCGGGCAGAUCUGGGUCGUCUGCACCGCCAUCUGAUUCGCUUGCAGGUCUUAUCGUUAGCAUUAUCCCUUGCCGACAGGCCAAGUUUUUCACAUUGUGACACAAAGGCCAACAUCUGCGGCCUCAAAUGUGCUAUAAGGCGACAUGGGAACUCUGAAAAAUGGAAUAAAUGGAAAGAGAAAACGGAGUUAGAGAUAUCUGAGGCGACAGCAGUUCGUCGUUUGGCCACUGCCCAAACACAUGCUGGCCGACUGGAGGCUACAGCACUAAGACUGGAGCGUCGAUUAGACGACGCUGAUGCCGAGAUGGUCCGUCAGCGACAGAGAGCCAGGCUCAAAGGGCGACGACUUCGGGAGACCAUCGAUGCAAGUUAA